UAUAGGAGAGAGGGGGGAUUUGGAUCAUGACUGAGAAUGCACUCAUUUUACCAGUUCAUUUUAACCAGGUUUUAUUUCACUACUUGGAUUUCACAGCUUUUCCCCGAUGCACAUAAGAAAUUGAAGAACUAAAAACCAUGAAAACAGUUCCUCAACUAUGAGAACACUUCAAGAUUCAAUUCAUCAUUCAAGAAGUAAAUUUAUUUAUUUUAAAGAACAAGAACGUUCAUCAUUUUAAUAUUUUAAUCCAACUUCUGAAUCCUGCGUUUUGUUUUGGUUUUUUAUGUUGAGUUGUAUUCGAUGCUGAGGAGGGAAAUUAGUUUGAAAAGUCUCAUUUUAUUUCAUCAACUUCUAGAAACCUCUGUGUAGCAUUUUCAUCCAACACUGUACAGCAUGCGGGGAAUGGUGUAGUGUACAUCAGGCUCCGUGCGCCUCCUCUGCUGUUGCAGGACCUCACUUUGACCCGGGGGUCGCAGAGGUCAGUGACGGCCCUGAACGACAGCCUCUCCUCGAUCUCUCUGAGAUCUUAUUUAUACUGAUUUUCAAACUUGUUUUGAAGUUUAUGGUUUACAGCAGUAAGUUCCCGCCCCACCAAUCCCCAACCGUAGAUGAUAGAUAGACCGUCGACCAAUCAGCCAAUCGAUCGAUUAAUCAAUCAUCAGUCAAUCAAAAAAUGUGAUGACGUUUUGUUGCCAGUGGUCUUUUUUAACUUAUUAAUUACUCUUUUUUUAAGAGUCUCUGUGGUUCAGCAACGGAGUUCAAUAUUUGUGUUAAUUUUUUUUAUCUAUGAUCUAAUUUUAUAUUGUCAUCCUUGUAUUUAAAGCAGCUGCUGUUACUAACGGUGUGUUAAAACGAAUGGCCUCUCCCUCUCUCUCUCUCUCUUUCUCCGUCUCGCCACACAAUGAGAAUAGGACGAGUCUCUGCGCAUUAAUAUUGGCUGUACAAGAACAAGUUUUGUAUUUAUUGUGUAAAAAAUGUUAAUAAAAAACAUGUAAAUCCCAUUGUUCAAUUUCUCUGUUUCUCUUCUGCCUGUCCUGAAUAAUAAUAAAAACGUUGAUUAGUUGAUUCUGUGUUGUUACACAUCAUAUUAUGUUAAGAUUUAGGACAAGGCUAAACGAUGAUGCAGAGCACAACAAUACAGUCGUGUGGAGACAGAAGUGGGUGUGAUCACGGCUACACUACAAACACACCACAGUAGGAUUUCCUGAGUGGACCAGAGGAUAGAAACUACAACGCAGACGAGAAGCAGGAGAAAUAUAACCUGCGUCUAAAUGAAAAUUGAAUUGGGAGAAUCAUGGCUUGGUCGCCACCUGAUUCCACCUGCCAGUCAUCCUGCGUGAAGAUCUAUCUGUGCUCCAACCCCGAAGACAGCGUUGUGGAGCGAAAACUCCUGAGAGAGAGAAUUUUCCCCAAACUCAGAGAUUACUGUAGACACACACGAGGACUGGACUUCAGGGUCAUUGACCCAUUUGAGUCCAGUGAUCCCCAUCGUUGGCCAGAUGAAUGCAGCCGACGGCAGAUGAUUAAAGAAUGCAGAGAGAGUUCGGCCGGACCUUUUUUACUGGCGCUGAUAGGGCAUCAGUACGGCACUGCCAGGCUCCCUGUUCAGGUGGAGGUGUCCGAGUUUCAGCUGCUGCUGCGGCAGAGUCAGGAGGCAGGAGUUAGCAGCAAGGAGCUGGAGAGAGUUUAUCGGAGGGAGGAGAACACCGUUCCUCCCUCCUACUGCCUGAGACCUCCACAUAGGAGCACAGAAUCUCCUCAGUCUUUGAUCAGCAAGGACCAGGAGAUAGAGAUGAGGGCCGAGGAAGAAAACCUGAUGAAGUUGUUCCAGAACUGUGUCAGUCGGUGUGUCCACCGUGGACUUAUGUCACAAAACAAAGCACAAAGAUACUACAGAUCAGGUAACACGGCUGGUUACACGUUAGCUCCUUUCUUUUUUGGCGCCCCGACCGUAGUUGGAAUGCACAGGGGAGACUUAGUGAUCUGCUCCAGGGCCGAAGCUAACGUUAGCUCCGGGGCUAACUCCCUAACGUUGUCCUUGUCCUCAGCAGUUGUCGAUGCGGAUCUGCGUUUUGCACUUGACAAUUAUGAUGAUGUCAUUGGACGGUACCUGGUCUACAUCAAUAAAGUCAUUAAUGCUAAAAGACAGAAGGAGGAAAAACAAACUAAGCAACAGUCAGAGGCUGACACGAGGGCAGCACCAACUGAUGAACAGCUUCACUCGCAGCUUUGUGACAACUUCCUCCCUGGCUUGGUAACUUCCUGUCAUCAUCUUCUAUACACCACCACUACACUGUGUGACCCUUGCCGUGGUUACAGCACAGCCAGGAGGCAUGUGUAUGCCGAGUCUCUGUGCCAGCAGGUGAACGCCGACCUCAUGGGGUUGAUUGACAACAUUAAAACAUCCGAAACCAAGAACCAGCAACAGCUUGUGGAUGUCCUGAGCAGAGAACAAGCUGAGCGCGACGGGCUGUGUGCUACUCUGUCCCAGCUGUAUGAUGUUACUCGACAGGAAGAAGAAGAGGUCAGAACAUAUGUGACGCGGGGUGACAAACAGCGCCCUCUGGUGAUUUUAGGUGGACCUUGCACAGGGAAGACUGUGCUGCUGGCACACUGUGCACAACAGAUAAAAUCAUGGCUACCAGACUGCCAUCCUGUGGUGAUCACUUAUUUUUGCAACUAUGAAACUGUUCUUUCCCCGUCUCACCUAUUGUCCAGCCUGUGCUUUCAAAUAGUAAACAAGUACAACAGUGAUUCGUCUGCUCUGAAGGUCUGCAGCCUUGACCAGGCCACUGGUCCAGAUCAUUUUCUUAAGGUCACUGAUCCAGGUGUAAAUGUGGAUCCUGAUUGGCCAACAUCUAAAUUGGACACUCAGCAUCAACAAGCAAACAUAGACGGAGUUUCUGUCAAACCGUCAAACUCCAGUAGCACACAAUGCCCACAGUGUGUCCUCAAACCAGACGUUAGUCUGACGGAGCUUCGAGCUCACUUCCGAUGCCUCCUGUCAAAUCUACCUUCUUCCAAACAGCCUCUAGUUCUAAUCCUUACUGGCCUGGAUCAAAUCCAAACUGACUCUCAUUGUCUUUCAAUUCUUGAGAGCCUCCCUUCACCACUCCCACCUGCUGUCAAGCUCAUCCUCACGGUCUCCACCAGCAGCACACAGAUCCUGCGGGCUAUCAGAGUACACUACACACAUCCGUGUCGACGCCCCUGCGUGUCAGAGAGCACGAAGCAGGCGGCAGGAUAUGUUAGUGUACAGCUGGGACUCGCAGACAGAAAGGAGUGUGGGAAGCUGUUAGUGGCUCUGCUGGGGAGUUCAGGAAGGAGAGUGACAUCAGGACAACAGUCUGUGGUGAAUCAUGCGCUGACCUCCUGUGGUCGGACUCUCUAUGUGCGCCUUCUGCAUGUCCACGCAUCACUCUGGCGCUCUGAUUCAGAUGUGACUGAGUCAUCGCUUCCUGUCGGAAUCCAUGCUUCAAUCGCUGCAUUCCUUGAUCACCUUGAGAAGAAACAUGGCUCUUCUCUUGUUGCUCAUGCCGUCUCCUACCUCACGCUCUCCAGAUGCGGGCUGCCUGAGGUAGACCUGGCUGAUCUUCUCUCCACUGGCGAUGGUGUACUGUCAGAGUAUGUCCAGCAGGGUGUAGGGCUCCCACAGGUUGAAGUAGAAAGACUUUUGCUAGAUCUAAGGAGGUUUCUUAUCACACGGUCCUUUGCAGGGUCUGUUGUUUUGAUGUGGAUGAGCAGACAUUUCAAACUAGUGGUGGCUAAGAAGUAUUUAGCCUCUGAGGUAACAAGGAGGGAGAUCCAUUCAAAAAUGGCAGAUUUUCUAAGCCACAGAGUGGCUGGUGAAACCUCUGAACCUCUUCUGGUGAGGACAGGAUCCGAACUUGGUGAAAGUAGAAGGCGGCUGUCCGGUUAUCCCGGUGUUAUCACCUGGUCAUUCAAAUGUAAUGGUCGGACGAAUCUGAGAAAAGUCAUAGAACUGCCAUACCAUUUGCAGCAGAGCCACAGGUGGGAGGAGUUGGAAUGCAGUUUACUGAUGUCACCGGAGUUUCACCAGGCUAUGGUUGGAGUUGGUCUUCUUCAAGUUCUAGUGACCAUGUUGCAGGAGGGCAGAUGGUUUUUAAGAGAACGGCAACUGAUUGCAGGUGCAUUGAUGUGUUCUGCUCACUUACUGCAGCAUGUUCCUCAACAGCUGCCCGCAGUGAUGGAAACAAACCUUUUUCCUUAUGUGGGUAUCUGUCCUGCGCUCAAAGUAUAUGUCAAAGGGUUCAGGCGAGAGUGGAGAGCAGGAAAAAGAUUAGAAGUAGUUCUUUUUCCUGCUCCUGCUUCUGUUCCCCCAAUUCAAAGUUCACUCAGUGCUUCAAAACACACGACGUUUUCUGUAGCUGGAACCUCAGUGACACAGAAUGGGAUUAUAGCAGUGAUCAUGGAUGAUGGAUCUGCAUGGGUUUGGAGAGAUCCUGCAGGUGUUAUGGCUGAAGUAACUCUUAGCUGUGACCGUGAAGAUUUAAAGUUUCUAGAAGUGAAGAGUAGCGGACAUUACCUGCUGUUUUCCACGCAGUGCAACAGGUUUUUAAUAUGGGAUGUGACAGGCCCGGAAAAGUUUACUCAGGUUGAAGUCCGUGAGAAACAAAACCCAAGCCUCAUAACCGCAAACAAAAUCGGUGGGUUUGUUGAAUGUCAGAAAACCAUAUUCAUGUGGUGGAAAAAUGAGAGUUAUGUUUCUGUGUAUAACGUUGAUACCGAGGCCUCGUCUGGUUUGCACUGUCAAAGCUCUGUGACUUGUUUGUCCUGCUCCUCCGGUGGCCGUUACGUGUACUGUGGACAUGAAAAUGGCACAGUGUCUGUGUUUGACUCCCACUCCUGCUCUUUGCUUGGCAGCAGUUCAAGCUCAACUCACAAUGUAGUGACAUUGAUAAUUGUCUCCGUGGACAGGAGGGAAGUGGCUUGUGUUGACAUGAUUGGGAAUGUUGCCUUAUGGGAUAUGACAACCCAAACAGAACCACUCAGACUUGUAAAAGAAGUAUUGAUUCAGGGUGAACCGAAAAACAUUCUAAAUCAUGAUUACUCUGAGGAAGUGUCCACGUUAUUGGUGUGUCAGUCUCAUCAGAUUACUCUCUGGAAUACUUGUAAAUGGGAAAUAUGGGAUCAGUUCCUGCCCCCACAAGGAAAGUCCUUCACCCAAGCCGUGCUCUCCCAGCGUGGCCACCUCUUUCUUGCCUUGUUAGAAAACUGCGUCCUUGUCUUGGUGUGGAGCAUCAGCACAGGGGAAUGUGUGCUCUCUUUAAAUGCAAGUGAGAAGCCCUGUACCCUCCUCAAAACGGACACAGAUCUGAUUAGUGUUGCGUGUGAUGGCAGUCUGACAGUGUGGGACGCUAGGAUGGUGGAUGCUGCAGGCACAGCGCUGAGAACAAGUUAUGGCGUACAGGUGGUUCUGGUUGGACAAAAAGGAGAACAAUUCUACACCUCGGAUGGGUCAAAAGAAGUUUGGAAAUGGAGUUUAGAGGCAGGCGUCCCACAGGCUUUCUUUGUACACGAUCGUCCAGUAGAGAAAGUGCGUCUUUCUUCAGAUAACGUCUACUUGGUGACACUCUCAGCAGAGGACAUUUACGUGUGGCAGACAGAAACAGGCCAGAACAGCUUGCGUAUCAGCGACAGCAGAGCCACAGACGUCCUCAUCGCUCCUAAUAAUAACCUCGGAGUGAGCGUUUCCAUGCAAGGCUUGUCUCGAGUGUGGAGGCUAACACAUGGUAGCAUUGUGUGCACCAUACAUCUGUACCUGUCCAGUGCCAAAGUAUCCCCUGAGAGCACUUUCCUAAUUGGCUUCCACAACGGGGACCUCUUAGCUGCUAACCUGUGGUGUGGCGCCGUGAACAAGCGAUUCUCAUGCGUGGACACUUCCGAGCGGGUUGUUGCUUUCCACACGAUCUCAGAGCAGCCAGACUAUGUUGUAGUAAUGGCUGCCUCGGGUACUGUGUUCACCUGGAACAUAAGCGAGGAGACGGUGUACAAACACUUUCGGCUGCCAUUUAUGAUUCACUGUCAGCUGUCAGAUUUUCAAGUGUCUUCUGAUGCAAGCUACGCACUGUUGUCUACUGACAACAACACAGUCAAAGUUUUAGACCUAUGUCAGCUCAGAGUCUAUUCCUUCAAAGCCCCAGGUCCAGUCGUCACGGCCGCCAUGGACAAAUGUGGACGUUUGGCUGCUUACAUAAGCCUGGAGAACAUCUGUCUCUCUGACCAGCAGGCGUGGCAUGUCCUCACAGUUGUAAGACUUUCAGAUGGCCAAAGAGUAGGUAGUGUGCAUUUGGCUAAGACCUCUUCAAGUUUGAUUGUGUGUCAACAGCAGUGUGUGUAUGUGGGUUUUCAGGAUGGGUCUGUGUGUGUGUUUUCAGCUUCAGGUAAAAUGAUGGACAGAGAGAAGACGCUCAGGGAAAAUGAAAACGUGUCUGGGGAUGAGGUCAAGCAGUGUCCUUGUGACAGCUUGCCCCUCAGCUUUGUACACGUUUCUUUACACAGACCUAAUAUUAUCUGGACCUGAUAUUAUUAUAACCUGUUUAUAUUUGCUCAUUGUGCUCUAGCUAAUUGCAGAGAAAGUUUAUCUUUGUGCUAUCAAACUUUUUAAAAAUGAUUUAUGUACUCUUUAUUAUUAUUAUUAUUAGUAGUAGUAGUUGUAAUAGUAUAAUUGAUAUUAUACAAAAAAAAUUAACUAAUCUUCACACUAAAUUUCCAGCUAGCUUGCUAACAGCUAGCAACUUAAGGGCACUAUAUAUGUAUCUGUCUGUAUACGUGUUACUACGUUACAGAUCAAAAAGUGACUGUAAUUAUAGAAAACUACAGCUACUGGACUUUAUUGAUUAAAACUUAAUAUUACAUUAUACAUUGCAUCCAGUGAAUAAAAAAAGAAACAGAUGAUACUGAAGUUGUGUAACUUAGUUUAUAAAUACGCAACGCUUUUUAUAUUUUCAUGUAGUUUGUGGCUUAAUGAUGCAUUUACUGUACGCUCGUAAAUUUGUCUACUUAUCGCUGACAUCACGCUUUAUCCUUGGUUCCAUGAAAAGCAAAAUCACAUAAAAAGCCACAUAAGACGUGAUAUCGUGAUAUUCUUCUACCUACGUGUACACCGACAA